ACUAUUCUGGCGGGUCCCCACUUCUUGGCCACGCUCAAGGUGAGGUGCCCCACGUUGCAGCCCACGUCCAGAACCUCCUUGCCCUGGAACCACUCGGGUUUCAUCACCCGCAGGCGCGGGUCUUCGCAGUUGGGGUUGCGGUAGCCGUAGUACUUGCAGUAGUUGCCGUACUGGAACUUGUGGCGUGGCGGCUGGCGCCGGACCGACUGGCCAGAAGCAGCCGGAGGGUGGCGGCCCCUCGGCACACUGUGCCCCCGGUCCGGGCUGCUUCGGCAGGGCUGCUCGCCGGACGUGGAGGUCCCCGGAUGCCGGCCUCCUCCUCCUCCUCCCUCUGACUUGCUACUAGUCCUGCGCCGCUUGCGGUGGUGGCGGCUGCUGCUGCUGCCCCCGGCCGUCCAGGAGGCCACAGAAGUGCCCGACGGUGUGGCGCCCCCAGAGGCCUGCUGCCCAGGCUGAGCCUCCCCUGCGGCCGGCAGCAGGGGCGACACCACCUCGUCCCGGCAGUUGAUGGCCGUGUUGAGUUCGUAGGGCUGCGGCGUGGCCCCGUUACACGUCUUCUGGCACGCUUUGCACGAGGCGGGCAGCGGGGGUUUGCCGCCGCUUCCUUCCAGCCCGGCCGUCCCCCUCUGCGCCCCCCGGUGCCGGUGCCGCUUCCGCCCGGGCUUGACGGGCGACGCCAGCACCGGGGGGUCCUCCUGGGCGUUGUUGAGGCUCAGCGGGUCGGUGAUGUCCUUGGGGAUGAGGAUCUCCACAGGGUCCCGUCCCUUGGCGGGCAGCGGCGAGGACUUGGGGGUCUCGGCGUUGACCGCCUGGUUGACGUCUUCGUCCAGCAGGCUGUUGAGGUUGAGGGGGUCGAAGAUGUUGCCCCCCAGCAGGAACUCGGAGGGCAGCACCGGGUCGCACUCGGAGUUGACGCGCCGGCGGCGCUUGAAGGCCGGGUGCUUGAAGCCUCCGCCGGCGUUGCAGCUGCUGCGCCUCUUGCCCCCGCCGGGGGCCCGGGGCUGGUGGUGGGGCGGGGGCUGGAAGCCGUUGCGGGGCCGCUGAAGCUCGGAGACGCUGUCUUCCCCUUCCUCGGAGGCUGCUGCUGCGAAGGGACCCCCUCCUUUGGCUGGGGGUCUGCGCUGGGCGGGGGGGUGAGGGUCCUGGGGCCCCUGGUUCACCCUGGCAGAGGAGGGGCCCCUAUGAGCAACUCCUCCUCCUGCUGCUGCUGGCUGGGCCUGGGCGUCCUCCUGGGGUAGCUCCGCCGGGGCGGCCCCCUGACGCAGCUGCACCAGGGGGACGUCCCCCCCUCCGGCCCCGCCCCCUCCUCCUCUGGGCGGGGGUUUGAGGAGGGGCGGCGGCGGGGCCGGCACUAAGAAGGUCUCCUUGUCCGCCGCCAUCUCGAUCAUGCCUUGCAUGGGGCGGCGGCGGCGGAGGAGGCGGCACCGGCGGCGGGGAAAGGGUUAACGGGCCGGGAGCUCCUUCCUCGUCCGCCUCCCGCCGCACACUGAGCUCGAGGCUGCCGAGGCUCCUCCUCCCGCCCCGCGAGAGCCCCUCCUACGCCUGCGCCGUCGAGCUCGCCGCUCGUGCGCAGGCCCGGCGCGCGUGCGCAGUUCCCCCGGAAUUUCAGGUCCCGGCGCGCACCAACAGACUCAUCUCUCUCUCUCCGUGUCCGCUCCGCCCCAAAGUCCCUAGCGCAUGCGCAGCUCCGCAGCUAGCCAGAGGGAGAGCGCUCCGCGCCCGCUGCUUUCCUGCGAUGGCCAGCUCCCCCUGCGCUCGGGGUUUAUAUGCGCGGAGGGCGGGUCCGCCCGAGGGCACGCCCCCUCCCCGCAGAAAGGGCCAAUCGGCGUUCGGAGCUGUCACCGCCCGCGUGGAUUCUCGGCCAAUCGGCGGCUUGGCCACAGGGCUCUCGAGGAGCCGCGGCUCCCCGCCUUCCUCCCGCCUUUUCGUUUCCCUGUGAGCCAAUGAGGAAGCAAGGCCGGAGCGCCUGCGGCCAAUCAAGGCGCAACACUCCAAGCUAAUUUUUCUCCCGAGUGUGGGUGAGGGUCCUCGUUUGCACGGGGCGGUCCUGGUCAAGCGCCUGCGGCAGCGUUACGUCAGGUUCCAAAGCCAGAAAAAGAAACGACCAACCUAGGCACAUAAUAUUCCUGACAGAUAUUAUUAAUAAAAAAGUUCUCAGCGCAGGGCGAGCGCUGACAGCUGCGAAAAAUAUGCCCCCAAAAUCUAAUCAGUGUUUUUUCCAGGCAUUGAUUUAGCCACCUAACCAAGCUCCCGGAUCUUUUCCCCUCAGAAACAUUGGCUCUUGCCAAGCGCUACGGACAGACUCCUCUUCAGUCUGAGGGGAAAGGCGCUGCGGAGUGUCAGCGCCUUUCGCCUUUGUGUAUAAUGAAACUCCACACAAACACAAGCAAAGAACGUUGUUUUGGGGUUUUUUAAGGCUCCCAAUAUGGACAGUUGUCAAGGGUCACGUGGCCUCGCUUCCCUAGGCCCCCGCCACGCGCAAAGCCCCCUGGGACCUGUAGUUUGGACUCGGAGGCUGAGGCUUUCGCGCAUGCGCAGAGGCAUAUGCCCCCUCCACGAGCUCCUUUUAUCUUCCGUGGAGAGCCGCGAACGUGGGAACGGUGCUGCACGCGCUCCUGAGCCUUUUGCCUUAGUGACUUCACGGGAGUGUUGUCGACGGGCCUUGGCAAUCUUGGCGGAGGACGCGCUCCUCCUCCCGAGUAGGAAGCCGCCUCCUUUCGCUGCCAUUCCUGCACCGAAGGGGGUUGGACUAGAUGGCCUUUGGGGUACCUUCCGACUCUGUUGAUUGCGCUGGCUCGGUAUUGCCAAGCACUGACUGGCAGCAGCAGCAGCACUCCAGGGCCUCAGGCAGAGAAAGAUCCCUUUCACAUCACCUGUUACACAGAAUUGUAGAGGUGAAAGGGAAGUCCCUCAAAUAUCACAUAGUUGUUGUUGAGUCGUUUAGUCGUGUCCGCCUCUUCGUGACCCCCUGGACCAGAGCACGCCAGGCACUCCUGUCUUCCACUGCCUCCCGCAGUUUGGUCAAACUCAUGCUGGUAGCUUCGAGAACACUGUCCCACCAUCUCGUCCUCCUUCGUCCCCUUCUCCUUCUGCCCUCCAUCUUUCCCAGCACCAGGGUCUUUUCCAGGGAGUCUUCUCUUCUCAGGAGGUGGCCAAAGUAUUGGAGCCUCAGCUUCAGGAUCUGUCCUUCCAGUGAGCACUCAGGGCUGAUUUCCUUCCGAAUGGAGAGGUUUGAUCUUCUUGCAGUCCAUGGGACUCUCAAGAGUCUCCUCCAGCACCAGAAUUCAAAAGCAUCAAUUCUUUGGCGGUCAGCCUUCUUUAUGGUCCAGCUCUCACUUCCAUACAUCACUACUGGGAAAACCAGAGCUUUAACUAUACGGACCUUUGUUGGCAAGGUGGUGUCUCUGCUUUUUAAGAUUUAAGAUUUGUCAUUGCUUUUCUCCCAAGAAGCAGGCGUCUUUUAAUUUCGUGGCUGCUGUCACCAUCUGCAGUGAUCAUGGAGCCCAAGAAAGUAAAAUCCCUCACUGCCUCCAUUUCUUCCCCUUCUCUUUGCCAGGAGGUGAUGGGACCUAGUUGCUAGACUGCAACUCCCAUCAGGGGGGAGCCAAGGCCAAUCUAGUCCACCCUCCUGCAAACACACGUUCGGAGGCCGCCCAGCCCUCCGCUUGAAAGCCUGUAUGGCAGGCAUAGGCAAACUCAGCCCUCCAGAUGUUUUGGGACUACAACUUCCAUCAUCCCUGACCACUGGUCCUGUUAGCUAGGGAUGAUGGGAGUUGUAGUGCCAAAACAACUGGAGGGUAGAGUUUACCUAUAACUGCUGUAUGGGAAGAGAGAGAGAGAGAGAGAGAGAGUCGUUCACCUCCUCCUCCUGAGGAAACCUGUUCUGCAGUUGGAGCGGCUUGCUCAGUCUGUGCUUCUUCGUAGCACAAAUUCCCCCCCCCUUCUCAUUUCAGCCCCUUGCUUUGGAUCUGACCCUCUGGAGCGGCGGGGAAUCAAAUUUAGGCUAGGAGGCCAUCUCAAGUCAGGCCACCCGUACAGCUAGCUCAGUGCUGUUAGCAUAUAUCUGAAGAUUGCGUUCGCAUCCGUUCGCCUCUUCAGUAGGCUAGGCAGCCUUAGGGUUUGGUCUUCAGCACCCCUCUCCAACUUUGCCACCCUUCUGUCAAUGCCCAGUAUAUUGAUAUUCUCAUAGAAUCAUUGAGUUGGAAAAAGGUAAAGGUAAAGGGACCCCUGACCAUUAUGUCCAGUCGCGGACGACUCUGGGGUUGCGGUGCUCAUCUCGCUUUACUGGCCAAGGGAGCCGGCGUACAGCUUCCGGGUCAUGUGGCCAGCAUGACUAAUCCGCUUCUGGCGAACCAGAGCAGCGCACGGAAACACUCCCACUCCUCAUCCAAGUCCUAGUCUGACUACACUUGACUCUCACAGUGACUUUAGGCUGAUUUAAAAAAGGCCUGUCAUAAUCCACUUGGGAGAGCAUUAGAGUCUUAAUCUCAGGGUUGUGGGUUUGAGCCCCAGUUUGGGCAAAAGAUUCCUGCGUUGCCAGAGGUUGAUGAUCCUCACAGCCCCUUCCAACUCCACAAUUCAAAUAACUGAAAGCCUCUCUUUAAAAUGCAAAAAGCAGGUUAAUUCGUAAUUGAAAACAAAAUCUUGUUUGCCAACCUUGGAGCAAGGACGCUGAAGGUGCAGAGCACCCGUUUUCGAAAUAAGCAAAUGAGCCAUCCUGUUUCCAUGACGCUGUGAUACAAACCAGAGUUAAAAGACACUACAGGAAGGGCUGUGUAUAGAAGGUUUCUUUGAGGGUGUAUGGAAACCAAGCCGUCUUCUGCUGCUUCUUAGCCUUUCCCCCAAUGGGAAAACCCAACAGUGCAUCUUCACUCAGCAAUCAGGAAGUCUUACUGAAGUCCAGGGAGCUUUACUCAGGAUCUGAUUUCUUUCCGCAGGCCCUGUAAGACAGAGUUGUUCCGCCUGGCCUUUGGCUUGGAAUCAACUUGAUCCCCUCCCUCUCUUUCCUUUUUCCUUCUGUGAUGGAACUCCUAUUUGGGGACUUCCCUGGCUUUUUUCUGGCCCACAUAGGACCAGUCUGGAUAGUUGGCCUUGGUGUAGACUUGACGUUUUCAUCCCCCAAAAAGUUUUUGAUUUGAGUUUCUACUGAAAUGAGGCUGCAUUUUAAUGUUGUUUUUAAGUUGUAUUUUAAUCAAUUGUUUUUAUACUUGGUUUUAGCUGCCCUGAGCCCGGUCUUGGAUGGGAGGGUGGGGAAUAAAUAAAAUUUAUUAUUAUUGUUGUUGUUGUUACUCCCAAGUAAGCCAGUGGUGCUGCAGCUGUUACCCUGGUUGCCUUCUGACCUGGAAGAGGCCUGGGUUCAAAUAAUAAUAAUAAAUAAUAAAAAUAAUCCAGUAUGGAUAGUUGGCCUUGGUGAAGAUUUGACGUUUUCAUCCCCUAAAUUUUUUGAUUUGAGAUUCUACUGAAACGAGGCUGCAUUUUAAUUCUGUUUUUAAGUUGUAUUUUAAUCAAUUGUUUUUAUACUUGGUGUUAGCUGCCCUGAGCCCGGUCUUGGCUGGGGAGGGCGGGGUAUAAAUAAAAUUUAUUAUUAUUAUUAUUACUCCCAAGUAAGCCAGUGGUGCUGCAGCGGUUACCCUGGUUGCCUUCUGACCUGGAAGAGGCCUGGGUAAUAAUAAUAAUAAUAAUAAUAAAAAAUCCCCAUUAAGUUCACUGGGGCGGCCUCACUAUGAGCCUGCCUACCUCACAGGGCUGUUGUGAGGGAUAAAAUGGGGGGGGGCACCAUGUACAUGCCCCCUUAAACUCCUUAUUUAUUGCUCAAUGCAAUAAAUAAAUAAAUAAAUAAAUAAAUGGCACAGAAAUGAAAAAAAAGUCUUCGCUGCAGGAAGGAGAGCAAAGCAACGUGGGUUUUUCAGCAGCACCUCCCACUGCGCAUGCGCGAUGGAUGGUGCCGCCAGGCUCUUUCCGCCCGGCCCCGACGAAUCUGAGCAUGCGCGAAGACCGAUGUGUUCCUCGAGGGCGAGCCGAGUCCUCCCUUCGCAUUACCGCAUUUCCAUCUUCUCCCAGCGACGUGACCCGGAUUGGGCUGCGGCGCGUGCGCAGUUCGGCUUCCUUUCCCCCUCCUCGCGCCCCGCUCGCUGGAGCGAGGGUUGGUUAGGGUGAGGCGCGUGCCUGUGCGCGUGCGCGCCGCGAGGGGUUUUUUGUUUUUGUUUCGGCGCAUGCGCGAGAGCGACCGGGGAGGCGUUGAGGGGUGGGGGAAGGGGCGGGAAGGAAAAGGCGGCAAAAUUCUAACCUGAAAAAUCUUAAGCGCUUCCCCUCAGUCAGUUUCUGGUGAGGUAAUUAAAAGGGAAGAAAAGCGCUACAGUUUGAGCCAAAGGGGGAAAAAAGCCGCAACCAAAGGCCUCUGAUUACAUAUAAGAAGACUCAUUUUGCGGGGGUUUUAGAAUAAAAUACCUCGCUGAGGAGAGGAGAGCGCCUUUUUCUGAUAGGUAUACGUGAGGAAAAAGGCAGCACCUCAGCAUCCACUAAUAAUAAUAAUAAUAAUGAUAACUUAUUGUUUAUACCCUGCCCGUCUGGCUGGGUUUCCCCAGCCACUCUGGGCGGCUUCCAACAAAACACUAAAAUACAAUAACCUAUUAAACAUUGAAAGCUUCCCUAAACAGGGCUGCCUUCCGAUGUCUUCUAAAAGUCAGAUAGCUGUUUAUUUCCUUGACAUCUGAUGGCCCCCAGAUUUUGACAUCAUCAUUAUAAAGCACAACAAGCAAUAAAUGAGGUUUAUUUUACCUCAUGAAAUUCUCCUCAGCGGCUCCUGGGUGCUUCGUGGGAGCCGAAAAUAAUAGUGGCGAUAGGCAGCAGAAAUAGUAAUAAUUACCAGUGCUGCAGAUAUCAAAACAGAGCCUUUCAAAAAGGGGCUUUUAUACUCAGUUGGAAUAAUUAAUGUUUACUUCAAAACUGAACGUUGCCUACCAGAAGCUUUAUGUGUUUUGAUCCUUAAACUCACUUGCCAGUUUAAAAAGGGAUCCAAUGGAUCUAUCUACAUGAUUCUAUGAGAAAUUUGAUGUUAUCUUGUGUAGUAUGCGAAAAAGGGCAUCAAAAUUUGGCUCAAAGGCAGCAAAAUGGUGUCUUAGAAAAGAAUUUAGGUUUAUCCUUUGUGAGUACAAUCCUGCCGACAUUCACACUUUUCCCAUUUCCGUUUAUUUUCUUGCAUCCCUUCAGCUCAUGCUUCAACCUCUCCCACUGGGGAAAAAAUGUUGUAUUGACUUCAGGUAACUUCAUCCCAGCUUAUUGCCAAAAGAGAAAAAAGUGCUUAUGGACAAUUAAAAAACCGAAAAAACAAACACAAGUAAACAUCCUUAAAAACCAGCAAUUGUCUAAAACAGGGAGAUCUAGCAGCAAAUACCAGUAAAAUAUACCGUAAUUUAAAAUAAAAUAAAAUGGUGGUAAAACAGUUGUACUGAUAAUAUAAGAGGAGAAGGCAGCUUCUGCCUGGUAACCACCACAUGCCUAAUCUUCAAAGAUGGCGGGUGAGGAGCAGGGAUCCAAGCAGAUCUAAGUUGGAAUGGGUAGAUUCCUAGGGGAGAAGAUGAUCCCUAUAGAUACGGCCAGCACUGCCACAUCCUCCAACAGUUAAAGUUUCCUCGGAGUUUUUAGAAGGGGCUUAUUUACAAUCUCCAUCAAGCCAUGCACGUCUGUGGGCAGAUCAUCUCUCCCCUGGAGACACUCUUCAUAUCUGAAUGUGCUUAAUUUUACCUGAAUCCUACCUAGUAUAUUUAAGAGUAUUUUGGGUGCCCAAGUUGCAGCCCAAAGGAUUCCCAAAAGCACCCAACAUCCUUGUUAAAACCUGCCGUGCAAUCCUAUAGGGAAGUAAAGCCCUGUUGUUCAGUGAGGUUUACUCUCAAGUAAGCGUGCAUUAGAACUCUAUCUUCAUUAAACCCAUUUAAUUGAAUGGAUUUAAAGGCAUCGGAUAACUUGGUGUUGGAUUGCGGCUUUCUUCAGACAGUCGUUUUUAGAUCCUUAUAAAAUAGUUGGCUAAAGAGCUCAAGAUUUUAGAUUAUCAAGAUUUGAGGGUUUGGGUGGCAGGGCUGUGAUGAAAUUCUAGCUCUAUAAAAAAAUAUACUGAACUCUCAAUCCCACUUUCUUGAGAGUUGUGUAAUCAGAGAAGGAAAUAAACACAACCCCACAUUUAUGAUCGCAAUGAAUGGAUAGAAGUCUCUUUUAAGCAAAUCCAAAUAUGCUAUUGAAAGAUGGGACCGACACAUGUGGUUAAAAAAGAAAAGUGUGAGAGAAAACACAUUUCACAUCAUAACUCCCAGACACACCAGCUAUAAAAACAAGCUCCUGCUUGUUCUGAAACCACAGAGUCAGUUUUUCCCCCUCACAAAAUUUAAAUGGCUAAUACUGUAUUUGUUUCUCUGGCUUUCAUGGAAUUGCAGGCUAGCUGGAUCAAUACUAUGUUACCAGAUUUUCAUAGAAUCAUAGAAUCAUAGAGUUGGAAGAGACCACAAGGGCCAUCGAGUCCAACCCCCUGCCAAGCAGGAAACACCAUCAGAGCACUCCUGACAUAUGGUUGUCAAGCCUCUGCUUAAAGACCUCCAAAGAAGGAGACUCCACCACACUCCUUGGCAGCAAAUUCCACUGUCGAACAGCUCUUACUGUCAGGAAGUUCUUCCUAAUGUUGAGGUGGAAUCUUCUUUCUUGUAGUUUGGAUCCAUUGCUCCGUGUCCGCUUCUCUGGAGCAGCAGAAAACAACCUUUCUCCCUCCUCUAUGUGACAUCCUUUGAUAUAUUUGAACAUGGCUAUCAUAUCACCCCUUAACCUCCUCUUCCCCAGGCUAAACAUGCCCAGCUCCCUUAGCCGUUCCUCAUAAGGCAUCGUUUCCAGGCCUUUGACCAUUUUGGUUGCCCUCCUCUGGACACGUUCCAGUUUGUCAGUGUCCUUCUUGAACUGUGGUGCCCAGAACUGGACACAGGACUCCAGGUGAGGUCUGACCAGAGCAGAAUACAGUGGCACUAUUACUUCCCUUGAUCUAGAUGCUAUACUCCUAUUGAUGCAGCCCAGAAUUGCAUUGGCUUUUUAGCUGCCGCAUCACACUGUUGGCUCAUGUCAAGUUUGUGGUCAACCAAGACUCCUAGAUCCUUUUCACAUGUACUGCUCUCAAGCCAGGUGUCACCCACCUUGUAUUUGUGCCUCUCAUUUUUUUGCCCAAGUGCAAUACUUUACAUUUCUCCCUGUUAAAAUUCAUCUUGUUUGUUUUGGCCCAGAUCUCUAAUCUGUCAAGGUCGUUUUGAAGUGUGAUCCUGUCCUCUGGGGUGUUAGCCACCCCUCCCAGUUUGGUGUGAUCUGCAAAUUUGAUCAGGAUGCCCUUGAGUCCAUCAUCAUAUGUAAUUUUGCAAUUACAUAUUUCUCUGUAACUCGUAAAAGAAGCUAGAUUUGCAUAUGGUUUAAGAACAUAAUUGCAUUAAGAGCCCUGCUGAAUUGCGCCAAAGGCCUAUGCAGUGGUGAUCUUCAGGGUCCCUUCCAACUCUGCAAUUCUAUUAGUCAGUUUCUAUUAUUGUUUAGCUCCUGAUCUACUCCCCUUCUCAUUUGAAUUAGAUUGGAGUAGUCCACACCAGCGUGCAUUUGAAUUUGGGGAGCAACUUUGCUCUUCCCCAUUCAUUACCAGGAGGCAUUCCUACUUUGGGCUCCUUCACACUUCCGCUUCUCCUGCCUCUUCCCCCAGGGGAAGCCUGGCUUCAAGUUACAGAAAGGGAGUUUGUGAUUUAAACACCAGGAAGAACUUUCUGACCGCAAGAGCCAUUCAACAGUGGAAUGGUUUCCCUCUGGAGGUAGUGGACCCUCCUUCCUUGGAGGUUUUUAAGCAGAGGUUGGAUAACCAUCUGUCACCGAUGCUUUAGCCGAGAUUCCUGCAUUGCAGGGGGUUGAACUAGAUGACCCCCAGGGGUCCCUUGAACUAGAUGACCCCCCGGGGGUUCCUUCCAACUCUACAGUUCUUUGAUUUCUAUGAAUCGGAACAAACACCAACUGGGCUUUCCAUGGAAUUGACAUUUGAUCCGAUUCAGCGAUAAAGAGUGGGCUUUCCUGGGGAAGGGACACGGGUGGCGCUGUGGGUUAAACCACAGAGCCUGGGACUUGCCGAUCAGAAGGCCGGCAGUUCGAAUCCUCGCGACAGGGUGAGCUCCCGUUGCUCAGUCCCUGCUCCUGCCAACCUAGCAGUUCGAAAGCACGUCAAGUGCAAGUAGAUAAACAGGUACUGCUCCGGCGGGAAGGUAAACGGCAUUUCCGUGCGCUGCUCUGGUUCUCCAGAAGCGGCUUAGUCCUGCUGGCCACAUGACCCGGAAGCUUCCUCGGCCAAUAAAGCGAGAUGAGCGCCGCAACCCCAGAGUCGGCCACGACUGGACCUAAUGGUCAGGGGUCCCUUUACCUUUUACCUUCCUGGGGAAAGUGGCAGAAUGCCUCUCAGGCCUGUGCUUUCUAGACAUGAGACAAGGGGAGAUGUGGACAAGCAAGACGGGCAUAGCCAAGGGGGGGCAGGGAAGGGCAGCUGCCCUCCCAAAAUAAUAAAAAUACAUAGCUAACUGAGGUUCUGCCCACCCCAACAAAAGGCCUGCCCCUGUAACUAAAAUCCUGGGAUGAGCCCAUAGUUGAGUUAGUUGAUUCUGUAAUGCUGAUUAAGUACCAACAGGGCACGCACACAGAUUUCCCUCUCUCUUUUUUUGGGAAAGAGAGUGCUGGAAAAACCGUAUUUUUCUGUGUAUAAGACGCCCCCUAUUUUGGGGGACUCAAAAUUAAGAAAAUGGGGGGAGAUUUCCCCCGUGUAUAAGACUACCCCCCUUUUUCCCGUCUUAUAUACGGAACAGUACAGUAAUUCCAAGCACAGCCAGAAACUAAAUGAAAGCACUGAGGAAGUAGUGGGCAUGGAAAAGGACAUAGCAGAAAGUGGUGACUGAUAUAUCCACCUCAAAACACUGAAAUAAAUAGUUAAGAAUCCUGAGUGGAGUGGUUUGGAGCCCAAGCCCCCUGCAGUUCAUUGGAUUAUGCUUGUUAUAGCGUAAACUCCAAUAUACAGGGAGGAAGCGCUGAGAUUUGUGUUGUUUGAGGGUAAAGUCAAGCGGACGAUCCGAAUGGGUUUUGUGAGAACUUUGCUGCUAGGGGUCAAUAUUCCCACAUCUUUCUUUGCUUGUGCUCCUGGGAGGGAAAGCCCAACUGUUAAACUUAGAUUUCUUACACAGAAAUGUAUUCGGUGUAGAAAGCCUUGUUUCAGCCCCCAUGCAAGUGAUAUCAGGGGUCCUAUUAUUCACCAAUUACUUCCGCCUCAUGAGAACUAGAAACCUGUAUUUUUUAAGAAACAAAAAAACCUCACAAUAUGAUUGCUGGGAAGGCAGAGAAAGCCCAAGGCACUGGGAAGUGCUCAGAGCUAGUUGCUUCACCUGGCAACUUUUCCUGCUUUCUGAUUCUGCGCUCCUCAGAAUGCGAAGAAGAGACUCAUUGUGUUAUAUGGAGACUCGGUGUUCUGAAAUGAAGAGCAGCCCUCUGGAGUUUCAGGUUCAGAGGCAGCAAUGCCGCCCAGGGGAAUAUCAGUUGCUCAGGAGAGAUAGUGAGUGAGACAGCUAUUGCCUCCCUGCUCUGCUCCUGGGCUUCCAGCGGGCUACUCUAGUAAGCAGAAACCUGUGUUGUGAAUAUCUAUGUGCAUUUUAUUCAUAACAGCUGGAUUAAACAGGUCUUUGGUCUGAGCCAGCAGGGGUCUUCCAAUGUUCUUAAAGACAAGGACUCCUUUGCACCUCUGCUAUGUUCCUGAAAGGUCACAGUCCCUUGAACUCACCGUACAAGAGGGUUGAACUUAUUUGAGAUCGCAUAGAAGAAUCUAAACCAGCCUGGCGCAUGUAACUGUUGUAAAGCAGCACUGAUCGUGGUUACAGUUUUGUUUCUAAUUGUGUGUGUGUGUGUGUGUGUGUGUGUGUGUGUGUGUGUGUGUGUGUGUAGUGUGCUGUUCAAUAUUAAUUUGGAAUUGUGACUGGUCAGUCACCUACUGAAACAUUUUUGGUGUCAGAGUGAGCAGCGUUUAAACCCAGCGAAGAGUAGAUUUUACUUGUAAUCACAUACAUAGAAAAUAACGUAGGUAAGAAAACUAGAGUGUUUACUGUACGAAAUACCUAUAUCGGAUAGAAAAAUUAGCUCCUUUGCUUGCUCUUUUGUUUUCUCAGAGGAUAGAUGACCUCUCAUUUUGAAGUCCAAGAGAGAAGUGUGAGAAGGAAAUUGUAAAAUAAGUCUGUCAAUGAGAUAGGAAGUCAGAUCACGAAGUUAAAAGUGCAGGGGUAGUCUGGGAGUCUGGAGAUUCCUCACUCCAUUUUAACCCAUGAAAUACUAUUCAAACUUCCAACAGCAUCCACUUUGAUUUUUAAAUAACAAAUGAAAAGGCAGGGCUGAUGGUCGUAUUAAAUGAAUAAAACCAACACUUCCUUAUUUUUCCUGCUAAGAAGUUUCUGACCACCUGACCAGCAGUAUUCACUCUGCUUCCGGGGCCUUGUUGUGUCCUGUAUUUUUUUUGACAGGAACCAGGCAGCAUUGGCCCCGUUUUAACGGAGAGAGGCCAUUUGUCAACUAAAUCCUGGUUGCGUAACCUUAUCAAGCCUUAACAAUAACCUUAAUGCAAAACAGAAAAUGUAAGGGGGGAGGUAUUUAUUAUCCAGAUUAAUUAACCCAGUGUCAAAAAGUUCUGGUUUUGUGAAUGCUCCCUCCGAUAUAAUUUAGACCUGAUGUUUCCCUACCUCCAGAGAGGGCUGCCAGCUUUUUAGGAGAAGAGGGGUCUCUGCCAUGGGCGUAGCCAGGAUUUUUGUUGGGGGGGGGCGCAGAACCUCAGUUAGCCACUGAUUCUUAUUGAUUUAGUGGGGCAGCUGCCCCUCCCUGUCCCCCCUUGGCUAUGCCCAUGGUCUCUGCCUUUUUCACAAUAGGCGGAAAUCAACAGGUGGUACUUCUGCGGUGAAUCUGAAUACCUUAAUAAUUGGUUUUUGCUUGCUGUGCAGUGCAAGAAUGAAUGUAAGAAUGUAAAAAGAGCCCGGCUGCUGGAUCAGGCCAAAGGUCCAUCUAGUCCAGCAUCCUGUUCUCACAGUGGCCAGACAGGUGCCUAUUAUGGGAAACCUGCAAGCAGGAUUUGAACACACCUGUGUUCUCCCCACUUGUGAAUCUCAGCAACGGGUGUUCAAAGGUAUCCUUAGACGGUGGAGGGUAGAACAUAGGCAUCAUUAUUAACAGUAUAGAUCCUCCCUAUUUUAAAAAAAAAAUCAGUUGUUCCUAGGUAGGAAAGCUAUAAGGUCCAAUUUACAUUUGAGAGAACGUUCCAAGAUCACACCGUUUAAUUCCAAAUUAAUAUUGAACAUCACACUACACACACAAUUCUGUAAAUAAUGCUUUGACUGCAUUGAGAACCGCUCACGGAUUUUAACUGUGGUUAGAUUACGCAGUUGGGAUUCCUAUCUGAAGCUAGGAUUUAGGAAAUGCAGGGAAAUCCUGGGGCCGUUCCCCGUCUUUUAUCUUCUCAAAGAACAUAAUAACUCUUUAAAAAGAAAAACAGCUAAUCAUGUAUUUUUAUUGCUUUCUCUUCCUUCCCCUCCUCUCUCGUUUCUUAAGUUAGACGAAAAACGCACACCUCCCGGUGUAGACACACUGCUGAUACAUAAUGGCAAGUCAGAACAAUAAAGGCGGUAAGAUCAGUGUGUGCUCCAUUUAUUUAUUUUAAAGGAAGUACUGUGUGGUGUGGGCGUGUUUCUCAGGCGCAAGUAGCGUGCGGGGCAGGGGGGAGAGCUGCUCCUGCUCCUGCUCCUGCUCCACACAGUGCUACAAAGAGCAACUCCCCUAGCUCUUUACCACCACCACUUUCUGCAAGCUCUUAAAGAAAUUGCAAAAACUGCUCCAUUUUAUCCUUCCAGGGGACGGAAAGAAGUUGUGUGUGUGUGUGUGUAAGUAGUGGUGGCGGCAGCAGCAGCAGCAACAUGUGUCCCUAGAUGUGCAUUUAAGCACUAGAGAUAAGAAUAUCGUGUUUUCCAGUUAAAAUUGUGGUUUUGUUUCCCAGAUGAUGCCAAAGCUGAAAACUGUCAAUUUCGCUCUUGUCAAAAGCAAGGAAAUGAGAUUGACAAAGGUUAUUCUCUGCUUUGAGAGGGAGUGUGAACUCACACCACAGUCUUCCGAUGCAGGAGUUUACUCAUACUGUAUUCUGGAGCAUUGAAAUAAAAGGAUGGCAGCAGUAAUUAACCAUAUAUAUAUACACACACACACACACACACACACACACACACACACAGGAUUUAGAAGGCUUGAGCAGUGCCUUCCAGAUGUUUUUGACACCAACUCCCAUCAGCUCCAGCCUGCACAGCUGGAGACUGACAGGUUGAGGAAGGCCUUGGAUUUUCUGUCUCAGGCAGCAAAAUAUGUUCUGUGAUGUUACUAUGUUACUAGCCAUAUGUUAUUAUGUGCUAAACAACAUGAUGUGUUUUCUGCAACUUCAGAAGCUGGGAAAGUGCCCAAAAGAACGUUUGCUCCCCCAGUAGCUAAACCUCACGAGCUCUUUGCAAAAGGGGAACUGCUAGAGCUCCAGGACAAACAGGAAGGUGCUGAAACUAAAGGCAUUCCUGCUCCUCUGCACCAUGCCCAUGCACCACGUGACAGAAUUGCAGCCAAGCCCGUCAAAACACCGAAAGCUCAAGAUAAGAGGAAGAAAGGGAGCCCUCCUGCUAGGACUGUAAAGGAAGAAGACUGCAAGAAGGAUCCAGGCAUGGCCAGAAAUGUAGGUGGUGGAAAUGCAGAUGAUUAUCAUUAUUUAUUGAAUUUAUAUACCGCUAUUUAUAUUUACGGUAUAUUUAUGUACCGCUAUAGGACGGGGGUGGCGCUGGUCUUGCUGAUCAGAAGGUCGGCAGUUCGAAUCCCCGUCAUGGAGUGAGCUCCCGUUGCUCGGUCCCUGCUCCUGCCAACCUAGCAGUUCGAAAGCACGUCAAUGUGCAAGUAGAUAAAUAGGUACAUCUCCGGCGGGAAGGUAAACGGCGUUUCCGUGCGCUGCUCUGGUUCGCCAGAAGCGGCUUAGUCAUGCUGGCCACAUGACCUGGAAGCUGUACGUCGGCUCCCUCGGCCAGUAAAGCGAGAUGAGCGCCGCAACCCCAGAGUCGGUCACGACUGGACCUAACGAUCAGGGGUCCCUUUACCUUUACCUAUUUAUUAUACAGGUUUGCUCCCUCAAGGGAGGAUUUUUCCAAGUCAAAUCUUCAGAGCUCUCUCCUUGGAAGCUCUUGGUAGAUAACAACUCUAAAAAGCAUAUUUUAAAAUAGUUAACAUCCCACCCCGCAAAAACCACUGAAAGUUUUGCCCUUCUCGUUUUCAGAGGAUACUUAAGUUGAGGGUUGCUUGGCCUGUGGAUAGAGGGCCUGCCAUGGUUGAGGGAAAGACCCCUCUGCAUAUGUUCAGAAGCACCCUCAUCUUUAUUCUUCCACAUGCCCCAGGGCUGAUCCCUGGCAAUGGUUGAAAGCUUGUUAAAUUUUGGCUCGGACUAAGCUAUGAAUGAGUCACAUUUACCUCUGUACCGCUAGGGCACCGUGAUGAUACUUUGUGUUGCUGGGAUGUAAUCAACAUACGUUAGAGACGCACUGCUUCAGGGACCUUUCUCCUAGCUCAGAGUUUUCUGCUAUUGAGAAAACUUGGGAAAUGUGGUGUUUACAGUCAACAACAGAGGCAUCCCUUUCUCUGAGGAGGUGUAGACUUAGGACUAAUCUACACUGGUCGGUUAUAACAUUAAAUAUGAGUUAUAAAAAUUUGACACCAGUGGGAGCUGCAGAGCUGCGAACUGCUGGCAAUGGAAAAAUACAUUGCGCGAUGUAUAACAAUAUUUAACGUUGUUUUUACAGUCAUACCUCGGGUUGAAUACGCUUCGACUUGAGCGCGUUCAAGUUGCGCUCCUCGGCAACCCGGAAGUAACGGAGCGUGUUACUUCCGGUUUCGCCGCUUGCGCAUGCGCAGAUGCUCAAAAUGACGUCACGCACAUGCGCAGAAGCGUCGAAAAGCGACACGCACAUGCGCAGUCUUGCUAUCGCUAGUUACGUUUACUUCUAGAUGCGAACGGGGCUCCGGAACGGAUCCCGUUCGUAUCUAGAGAUACCGCUGUAAUAGUGUUUUUAGAGAUCAAUGUAGAUCCAGCCUUUAAAGCCCACAUGAAAUUUAUAUUCCUCCCCUCUCUUUUUUUCAGUUGGGGAAUAGCUUGCCAGAGGUUAUGAUUUUCUUUGGCAGUUAUUAAGCGUGGGCCUUGCUAACCUUAUUUUUAAUGUAAAUUUCUUCCGAAGUUCAAUAGCUCCUCUUCAGCAGGCCUUAAGCUAUACUCACGAAAGGCAAGAGCACCACCCAGAUUUGAAUUAAAAUGUGUGGAAAUAACUUCAGGCAAUGAGCGAGCGGUGCUGUGGGAAACAAUCAGAUAAAUUCUUGUAUUGCAGGGGGUUGGACUAGAUGGCCCUUGGGAUGUCUUCCAGCUGUGAGAUUCUGUGAUUCUAUGAAAACUGUUCCCACAGGAAGCAAGCUAAACUUCUCUGAGGGAAGGUGUAAAAUCUUGCACUGAAGGAAUCUCAUUAUACAGGCCUCAUUUUGCAGCUCCAUAUUUCUGGGACAGAAGAGUGCUAUGGUUACGACCAUCAGGUGCUUGCUUACCAUUCUUCCACCAGUAAAUACUCAGACCAGUUAACAAACAAGGCCAAAACCCAUCUAUAUAAAUAAUACAUAAUAUUAAAUAUUAAGACACAUUAAAAUCUAUUUAAAACGUUCAACUAAAAUAAUUAAAAAACAGGGCUAAAGCUAGCGAUUCAAAACUGGUUUGACUAAAAAUGUUUUCCAUUUCUGUCUAGAAGACAAUGGAGGGAGAGCCGGGUGAAUGACCACAGGGAAGUCAUUCCAAAGCCCCAGCCAGGUCCCUCGUGCUCAUUUCCUGGGAAGCAGAGCCUGCAAGGCAGGUUUUAAAGUGGGGCAGGUUGACCUGGGAGCAGGUGGUCCAUGUGGUAACUGGGUCCAAGACCAUUUAGGGUAGGGAUUCCCAACACGGAGCCAUGGUGCCCUCAGACAUUGUUUUUAAAAAAACAUUUUUUUAAUCACCAUGGUUGGGCUGGGCUGGAAAAUAAAGAGCAGGCACAUACUGUAGACAACAUGCCCUUCCCCCAGAAUGUUUCUGGGCAUCACAUUUAAUCAUAGAAAUGUUGUGCUGGAAUGGACCUUCCGCAAGGGUCAUCUAGUCCAACCAAAAAUAAUACAUUUAUUUAUUCACAAAAGUUUUAUUCUACUUGAUUCUAAGCAGUUUGCAGUUGUGGGUAUUUUGCCUGUACAGUGGUACUACGGGUUAAGUUCUGGAGGUCAGUUCUUAACCUGAAACUGUUCUUAACCUGAAGCACCACUUUAGCUAAUGGGGCCUCCUGCUGCUGCCGCACAGGAUUUCUGUUCUCAUCCUGAAGCAAAGUUCUUAACCUGAAGCACUAUUUCUGGGUUAGCGGAGUCUGUAACCUGAAGUGUAUGUAACCUGAAGCGUAUGUAACCUGAGGUACUACUGUAUUUUUCUUUGUUUUUUGAGAGGGUUGCUUUGUUUUUGUUUGUUGGGGGGGUUGCUUGUUUGGUUUUAGUGUUGCCUGCUUUUUUGCCUGCUUUUUAUUUUUUUAUUUGGUGUGUGUAUGUCAGUGUUCUGCCUCAUGCUUUUUUUGGAGGGGGUUUCUGAGAACUGGCAGUUUUUCUUUUGUGGAAAGGGUAUUUUAUAGUGACUGCAGCUAUGCGUAAGAUACAUAAAUGACCCUUGGUUUAAGGCUUUACACUAGCAAACGACCUUGAAAACAGAGCAGUAAUAAAGAACUACGUAGAAUGAAUCCAGAGACAAAUAUGUUCUGAUUACUGAGGACCAAAUAAAAGCCUGGUCGCUGCAUUUUGGACCAGCCGAUGUUUCAAAACUGUUUUAAAAGCAGCCCCUCUGCCAAUGCUAGCCUGGGGCCUAUGCUUACUAUACAGGGCGUGGUACUGUUACAUUUGCUCAUCUUUUGGCAGGAAGAAGGUGGCCUCACCGAUGCACAGUUCGAGGAGAUUGUCCAGAGUGCGCUUCAGAAGCCUUUGCAGGAGUGUAUGGGUAUGCUGGUUGGGGUGGGGGAGAGACACAAGGGCAGAAAGAUGUUGCUGUAACAUAGACAUGGCCACUAAAAUCUGAGGCACUUCACACACAAACACUUGGUCUUAAUGUCAGUUGGUUUUAUUGCAUGGUUCCCUUGAGGGGCAAGGAUGGAACGGACAAGGAGUGUUUAGUCCCCCAAAAGGCCCUCUGAAUGACCCCUCCCCACAGCAGCAACGUAAUAUUGUGUUAACAGAAAGCAGGAAUGAAGGAGGCUAGAGACGGAGAGCUGAAACUGGCUCCCCCCCCCCCUUGGUUACCGCAGCUAGAUGCUGCUUAAACUCUUGCAGUACUUGCUUUGCCAUCUGCCAUGAGUUGUGCCACUACAGUUGCAAUCAUAUUCCUACUUACCUGGAAGUAACCCCCUUGAAUUAAGUCAUACUUACAUCUGAGAAGCUCUGUUAAUGGCUGAAACCUUGGAAGCCUGUCAACUUUUGAAGAUAAUGUUUGGGAGCUGGCAGUGAUUAUUGCUCAAGCCAACAUCAAACUAUUUUAUGAACUCAUAAUCCUUCAGGGCUUAGCUAUUUAAAGCUGUUUUGCUUUUUUAUUUCCAGAAGACUCUGCGAAGAGAACCAUUUCGGCAAAGCCUACUGAGAAACAAGAUCUGGGAAGGUGAGUUGCACGGCUGCAUAUUCGGCCUCGCUGCUGAAGGCGGGGCGCUCUUCACAUUCCCAGAGGCAUUCCCAAGCCGUUCCUCAAAAACAAUUUCUGUAAUUUGCACCUUGAACGUUGUGGGCUUGUUCUUCGCUACUGCAGGGAAGGAGCUGACCAGAACCCAAAGUGCUGCAAGCAAGGAGACCCUAAAGCAGGGCCCAGGGAACCUUUUUCAACCCGAGCGCCACAUUGCCUCCUAGAGAACCUACUGUGGCGGGUGUGUGUGUGUGUGUGUGUGUGUGUGUACCUGACAGUGGUGGACAGUGCCAGAGGCAAAAGCAGGCAGGGCAAUUGAUGCAGAUUUUACCUUUGUACAGUUUCUACACAUACUCUCACACCCUUCUCUAUCCUCCAUCCAUCCAGGCAAGCAAAGUGUUAAGUUGUGGGUGAACAUAUCAGACGACACAGCGAUUCUCCAAACAGCUCUUGUUUAUUCACAGGUCAGAACAGAACUAAACUGAAGGGUUCAGCCAGCCUGCUUAUAUAGAGCUCCACUACAACGCAACUGUAACACUUUCUGUAACUAUCCAAUCACUGAACGUCACUUUCGAUCCCUUAUUUGCAUAUGUGGACCUGAACUAUCUACAGUAUCCCCCUGUUGGCCCAGGGUGAGAACUUCAGUACAUAACACAAAGGGCAUUAUCAGUGGUCAGGAACACAUUCCAGCCAAGCACAAACACUCAAGGAGGGCGCAAAGCGGGGCCGUUGAGGGGUGUGUGGCCUGAGGAGAUUUCCAAGUGCCAGACAGAAAUGCCUGUAGUGUUGCACUUGACUUCUAAACCUGACAUUCCCCAUUCCUGGGUGGACAAAUCAGGCCUGUAUUCCUCCUAUCUUUCACAUGGCGCGGUAACAAAGGCUAUCAGCUUUAUGUACCUGACAUUGUAAAGCAGGUUUGUUGAGCCUUUCCCCACCUGUGUCUUUAGCAGAUAUGUGACAAGCAGGAAUACAGCAGGUGGAGCAGUUCACAACAUGCAGCUCUGGCGAUGGAGGAAAAGGGUUGCCUGCUUGGUUGUGCUACUGUGAAAGGCGUAGGGCCCCUGCCGGAAAAAAAGAUAGCUGGGAACUUUAGUUAGUCAGUAUGAAUUAGAUAAGAAAUGUGUGGCGAUUUUCCAGCUAAAAAGCGACAUAGGAAUGAUAAUGAUCAUCUUGUAACAUCACAGGUAAAUCUGAGAGCUUGGAUGGUAUGGUUCUAUUAAGAGGGCAAGGAAAAUUAUCUCUUGCCAGAGGGAAGAAAUGUGAAGGAGGCAGUAAACAAGUCUUGGUGUUGUGUUCCUGUGAGGGCACACCAGCCCCAGCAAGUACAGCUAUUUGGAGUUGUAGUCCAAAGCAUCUGGAGGGCACCAGGAAGGCUGACCUAAAUUAAUAAAAAAACCAUAGAUCUCUACCAGCAGUUUUAUAUUGCGAAUUGCUAAACUUGCUCUGAUGCUCCCUGAUACGGCCUAUUUCAAUUUAUGGGAGUGUUCUGUGUAAGUUGUGUGUGAAUGUUAUCUAUUGAAGGACAUAAUGUGAAAGAAAUGACUGCUAUCAGUGUGGGAUUUUCAUUCACGUUUGCAAACCAGUGAAAGCAAAAGCUGAUUUAAGCCUCAGUUGCGAAAAGAAAGCCCCGAGACUGCCUACCUGGGCAAUAUUAUUUAGAAAAGCAAUGCAGGAAUCUCCAGGCAUGUGAAAAUCACGCUUUGGCCUCAGGGUGGUGCCCAAGUACAGGAAAUGUCUAUGUAGCAGAGUUUAGUUUUAGUUGGUGUUCCCAGGCGCCCUCCUUAGAAUAUUGUUAAAGAACACCUCCAAUGGGAGGAUGUUUAGUGGAGAAACAAACGGCAGCAACAACUUUGGUUUCUUACCUUCCCUUUACCAAAAGGUUCAUGGGCAACUUAAAAUUCAGUUAAAAACAGUUUCAAACCAAUUAAGGUCACAGGAUUAGGGUAAGUCUUGAAAAUAUAUACAGUGGUACCUCGGGUUAAGUACUUAAUUCAUUCUGGAGGUCUGUUCUUAACCUGAAACUGUUCUUAACCUGAAGCACCACUUUAGCUAAUGGGGCCUCCUGCUGUUGCUGUGCCGCCGGAGCACAAUUUCUGUUCUCAUCCUGAAGCAAAGUUCUUAACCCGAGGUACUAUUUCUGGGUUAGUGGAGUCUGUAACCUGAAGCGUAUGUAACCUGAAGCAUAUGCAACCUGAGGUACCACUGUAUCUCAAGUGUCACAGAGACCAAGGCAGGGGUGAACCUAGGCUUUCUUUCACCAGGGUCAAAGACGUUGUUUGGCGCGCACACACACACACACACACACACACACACCCCACACUCAUUUGCAUACACAUGCAUACAAGCUGGGAGCCUCAAUGUCACCCCUCUGCAGGGGUCACCAGGGCAAACCCCAGCCAUGGCUCUGGCCAAGGUAAAGAGGUGUGUCUUCUGCAGAAGGGACGUGGCACUUAACCCUUUCUGCACAUAUCUUUUCUCUGCCCAAAGCAACUUCCUCUCUGUAUCAGGGGGCUCUAAAUGUAGCUAAUAGUGUCUUUUAGAUACACGGGGUAGACAAUUAGAGCUGAGAAACAGUGGCAGUGGAAGAGUUAAACUUAUUCUCUUAAAAAGCAAACUUUGGGGCUGAAAGAAGGUCCCUUAUGUUUCUUGGGAGUGAUGUAAAGUUCAGGGAAACCUUCACACAGCAUCACUUCCCCUUGGAUGAGGAGAGUGCACUCAUCUCCAUGUUUAUUUAGCUACAAAUUUUGGGGAAUGAUCCAGGAGGCUGAAGCCUGUUAUGACCUAAGCUACAGCCUUCCCAGGUUCAAGUAGUGGUGGUGAGCGACAUUGUUCCUUCCUCUAGGAAUGGGGGCGACAUUCAAAUUCAGUUCUCAUUUUAAGGUGAACCUAAUUUGCCCUUUCUGAAACACUACGAGAACAAAGCCCCAGCUACCCCUCAAAAUUCUCAUUUCUCUGAAUUUUGAAGUACAGUUCUUCAAGCCAAGUAAUGCGUUCAAAAAUGUACACAGUAGGUUAAAGUGUGCACAAACAUGUGUGCAUAUUAGUGCAAAUAGCAUACAAAGGUAUUACAGUUAGGGAAAAUUGGUCUGCAAAAUUAUUGGUCAAAAUUUUAUACAAGCAUGGGUAUAUUUGGAAAAACUAGCACUAAAAUGCUGAUGACUUUUCAUGAGCACUUAAAAAAUCCACAGAGAUAUGGACAACUGAUCUUCCCACUGGAGAAAUGAGAAACUGAGAUUUGCUCACCCCUGCUGGAAACAUAUCAGUGCAACUUGUAUCAAUGUCCCCAAGCAGACUAGUUUUCAAUAUUCCACCCUACUGAAGUAGGCCCCAACUGUGUGCUUGUGCUCUUUUCUUCAGGAAGACUUUGGGGGUCUCUCCAGUGGCGGAGGACGUUGUCUUUGGAAAGAAAAGUGAGGUGAUUGUUUCAGAAUUGGAUCAGAAGCGGCAUCUGCUAAAAAAAAAGAACCACGGAACACAUUCUGUGAAUAAGGACAGACAGGAGAAAAGUAAGCCUAUGUACAUAUUACUAUUUACUCUGGCUCUAGUACGCUCCCACUGCUAGUGUUUGAAACUAUGUACACAUGGCUUUGGCACAAUUCAUAUCCUGUGGUUUCUUGAUAAACCCUGUUGUUCAAACUAUCUUCCAUCCGAUUUGAAAAGGAAAGCCACAUUCAUUUUGCAGUUAAGCAGAGGUAUGUAUACUUGAGUCAGCCACUGAGCAUGCUCAGAUGACAGUUUUGUGAAUAGGAGUUUUGUGGGGAGGGAAUGCAGGCAUGCAAAAACCAAACAGGUAAUGUGCAUCAGGUGAAGACACCCUUGCCCUCUCUUUGGUGUACACAGCAAUGUGCAAAUGCGAUUUGAACCACAGUGGCAGAAACUACCUUGCUAUGUUUUAAACCCCUAAUGUGUACAUAGCCUAAGUCUCUUGCAUGAACAAACACUGAGCAAAACACACCAGGGAUAAACCUCAGUUGAAAUGAAUGGGGGCUGUGCAAGAUGGGAGCAGCAGGUGCCAUUGGCCAUGGGCCGAACGUGUCCGGGUGGGUGGGAAGCCUGGCAAAGGGAAGUGACUCAGUACCAGUGCAGCCCUAGGGAGAGGGGCCACAAGCCCUGUGUAGGGCAGAGAUCCACAUUCUUUCCAGUGUUUCAAAACAAGUUGCUGCUCUUGACUGCUAGGCAGCUCACAGUUUCCUCCCCGCAGUCACCAGCUCCACUGCUGCUGCCACCCCACCACCUCUCUCCCGGUGUUUUUGCAAAGAGGCAAACACGGGCGCGCACAACAACUUGUUUCUCUUUGUCUCCUGGCAGAUGAGAAAUCAGGAGGAGACAAUGGAGGGCGUAAGGAAAACCGGAAAGGUGCGCCCAAGAAGAAAGUUCAAGGCAACGCCCACGUCCGCGUUGACCAAGAGGAAAUGCAGGAGAAGGAGGAGGCAGACCGAGGAGGAAGUGGCUGCAGUGAGCUGAACCCUUGCUGCUGCUCCAGAGGGUUUUUAGGGAGGAUGGGGGACAAAUGGGGAUGGGGGAUCGAAGGCAGGUCAGCCAGGCUGGCUUUGGAGCUCUGGUGGGCUGCAGUGCUCCUGCCGUUUUUUUGUGCACAGUCCACAGGGGAAAGUCUUGGACAUUUGGUGGGGAUUGAUGCAACCUUAAAUAACUUGCUGUAAGAACAAGAAAGCUGAAUGACCCACUGCUUAAAAAUAAUAAAAUGAAGUGCAUUGCCUCGCAUAACACCUACAAAGGAGGCUGCAGAGCUGUUGUUGUUAGAUAUUCCAUUAAUUAUGGGGAAACUGCCAAGGGUCUUGUGGCACCAUAAAGACUAUGAUGGCAGUAGCUUUCUUUCUUGGCUAGACUUCACCUGCAUGAAAUUGGCAGACCCAUAUAGUUGGGAGUAUUGGAGGGUGGGGAGGGGGGUGUAGACAGUGGUCCAGGGGGCUGUGGAAUAUAAGGCUCUGUGACAAUGCUUUUAAGCCAACUGUAAGAUGAGCACAGCGACCGCCAUUCACAACAGCAGUACUAAUAGGUGGCAUUAGCACAAUGAUCACUUUGUGAGGUUAUUUUACCACCUGUAGUGGGAGAGGAAGCCAUUCUCCUGAUUUCUAGUCCAGCAGUUUCAUCCUGAAGUCUCCCUUUCAAGCUCCUUUGUUGAAUAAUGAUAUUUUGGACAGCCGCAGAGUGCCUCGGGAGAUUCAAGACCUCUCUCCCACUGGUUUCUGAGUUGUUGCUGUCUUGGAUGACAGAUUUGAGUCAAUUUAUUAUUUUACAUCUCCUGCCAUCCUAGCAGUUCGAAAGCACAUCAAAGUGCAAGUAGAUAAAUAGGUACCGCUCCAGUGGGAAGGUAAACGGCGUUUCUGUGCACUGCUCUGGUUCACCAGAAGCAGCUUCGUCAUGCUGGCCACAUGACCCGGAAACUGUACACCGGCUCCCUUGGCCAAUAAAGCGAGAUGAGCGCUGCAACCCCAGAGUCGGUCAUGACUGGACCUAAUGGUCAGGGGUCCCUUUACCUUUACCUAUUAUUUUACAUGGAGGUUGCCUAUCCUAUGUGUAGAGGGUGGAAAGCAUAGAUAUUAGUCCACAGGAGAAACAAAAUCCAAAGUAGGACAACCAAAAUGUCAGAAAAUCAUGAGCACUUUUAAGUUCUCCAGAACUUAAACAUCCAUCAGGCUGGAUGUUGAGGAAAGCAGCGGGGGCGGGUGUGUGUGUGUGAGAGAGAGAAUUUGGCAUGGUGUUGCAGCCACAAAGUAUGCAAUUGGUCAUUGUGGCUUUAACAUCAUACCAGCUCUCUCGCUCUCGCUCUCUCUCUCUCUCUCUCUCCACCCUCCUUCAGUUUUCUUUAAUAUCCAGCCCUUCUGGCUAUUGGCAUUUUUGUUGUUAUUGUUCUGUGUACAUUGGAAAAAGACAUUGUUGGCAGGUGACGGCAUCUAUCGUAUUCAACAAUGAGCAGGUCAGUGUUUUGACUGGUGUUCAGCAAGGACAGGCUUGCCACCCAAGGCACAUGAGAAGGAAGUGCCAUUGUCUAAACGGGUUGUAAAAUCAUUGCUGAUACUUUGGAGUGGCUUUAAUCAGGAGCUGUACAUGACAACAAGUGGAGUUGUGUUGCUUGGUCUUCUGUGGUUGUCUUGGGCACAGCUGAAGCACCCUGCAUUUCAGAAUCCCUGAGUACCUUGGCUUGUGGAAGCCCCAAGGAACAACCAAAGAUGGACCCACAUCUGGAGAGUUGAAAGCCCCAGUCUCCUCAGAAGAUAGGAACACAUAUCUUCAUAUGGUAGCCCAUAACAUAGCUACAAUUCAUAUUAAGACAGAUUGCUUUAAUCCCCUCUAACAGAAGAAUCCACACACUUAAAGUUAGCCUGAGUGAUGCUCAUCUACUCCACCUGCACCUCCAAGCAUGUUCCAUAAAGCUGAAGUCCGCUGUUUCAUAAUUUCCCCCCUUUCAUCACUCUAGGCUGGUGCAUGGCAUGGGUCCAGUGCUCUUAUCCAACCUGUGAGAAGUGGAGGCGGCUUAGCAGUGACAUAGACCCAUCGGUUCUGUCUGAGGACUGGACAUGUAGCCAGAACCCAGGUAAAACAGAAGGGAAAGGCAAGCCUUCUCCUGUGGCUCUCCAGAUGUUUUUAAACUCCACCUCCCAUCAGUCCCAGCCAGCAUGAUCAAUAGUCCGGAAAGUUGUAGUCCAUAAAUCAGGUGAAGGGAAAUACUACUUGAGAAGCUAGAGAGCUGCUUCCAGUCAGAACAGACCAGACUUGGACAACAGCUCCCAUCAGCCCUGGGCUGAUAAAGAGUUCCAGCCCCAACAUUUGGAAGGCACCAGGUUUGGGAAGACUGGUGUAUCAGUCUGACCCAGUGAACAUGAGAUUAUAAGGCAUCGCCAUCAUCAUAUGCUCUUGACCAUUGUAAAAUCUACCCUUUCAAAACAAAGGCGUCUUGUGGGAGUCUAGAACCUCUUCCAGUCACUGCAAUGGGUUGCUUUUGGUGCCUUCUCUAUGAGUUAUUUUGUUUUGCUGCUGUCACUAUGUAUUGUACCUUAUGCAGCAGUACAAAAGGAAGGGUCCCUGCCCCAAAGGGGCUUGUAUUCAGUAAAGGGGAGGGAGAAGUGAAAAGGAGCCGGGGUAGAGAAAAUGCAUUUAUUUCAAUUACACAGACUUCCCAGAUUCUUUUCAGCGCGGUAUUUAUUUUCCGUUGCAGAUCCCGAGCACAACAGCUGCAGCAUUCCAGAGGAAACAUGGUCAGGGUCUGAAAACGAGGUGGUCUAUGCUGUUUAUAUUCCUGGGUCAAUCGUGUGGGCCAAGCAAUAUGGAUACCCAUGGUAGGGAAGGAACACACAACUCUCGGGUGCUUCUAGGCAGAGGUCUGAUAUCACAAAUGAGUCAUAGAGGCUGCGUACACACUGUAACUUUAAAGCACAUUCAAAGCACAUUAUUUCCCCUAGAGAAUUCUGGGCCCUGUACUUUUCCCUUCACAGAGUUACAGUUCCUGAAACCACCCUUUGGCAAACUACAGUGCCCAGAAUUCUUUGAGUGGGGGAAAUGUGCUUCAAAUGUGUUUUAAAGGCAUAGUGUGUACGCAGCCUCAGAUACUGCAAACAGGCUGUUUUAUAACACUUGAUUUUCUGUGGAUUAAGUGGGAAGAAAUAUGGGCUGGCAUUUUGAUGCUGAUGAAGUUAUGUAGGCGCUGGGAGACACCUGCAUAGAUGAGCACCCACCCCACAACAAACAAUCAUGCUUUUUACUAUGUUUUUAUCAUGGGAUGUUUUGUAAAGUGUUUCUAAUGUUGUACACUGCCCUGAGAUCUUUCGGUAAAGAAUGGUAUAUAAAUUGAAAUAAUAAUAAUAAUAAUACUACAGUGGUACCUCUGGUUGCGAACAGGAUUCGUUCCAGAGGUGCGUUCGCAAUCUGAAAGGAACGCAACCCGCAUCUGUGCGUGCGCGGGUCACGAUUUGCCGCUUCUGCUCGUGCGUGUGAUGUCAUUUUGCGCGUCUGCGCAUGUGCGAGCAGCGAAACCCGGAAGUAACCCUUUCUGGUACUUCCGGGUCGCGUGGGAUGCAACCUGAAAACACUCAACCUGAAGCAAACGUAACAUGAGGUAUGACUGUAAUGAUAAGUCCCCCUUUGCCCUUAACAUAGGCAAAGAUCCUCAACAUGUGUUACAAGGAUGCAAGUCCCAUUGAAACGAAUGAGAGUGCCAAAUUAGAAAGAGCGAGCCAUAAACACAGCAGGGUUUAUUUUAAAAAAAACGGGCUUCAGGAUAUCGUGCAGUGCAAUGGCAAGAAAGUAUUGAUUGUGUGGGCAGCACACUACACCGUGCUAAACAAACCAGUUUUCCAUUGCCAACUUAUCGUCAGGCUUGGAGCACAAAACAGUAGUCCCAGCACUAGUUAACCAACGCACACACCCCACACCCCAAGGCAAAAAUACACCUGCCCAGGUCUCUCAGAGUGAAAACCCCAGUUUUGCUCUGCUGUACUUAAAUCUCAGCUCCUUAAAAACCUCAGUUCUAUGUGUCUUGAUCCCUGCAGUUUUUUCAGCUGCUGACCCUCCUUGAAAGGCUUAGCCAAAAUAGCCAAUCUUUCUUAGCACCCUUGCCAGUACAGCAGCUGCAGUCUUUUGACAGAAAAACUGGCCAAGAAUGGGGCCUCUAAGCCGCAGAAAGGGGAGCUCCCCAGAAACACAGCUUUACUUACAUGCCCAGUGCAUCUCCGGGCUAUAUAGAAUCUUAGAAUUGGAAGGCACCCCAAGGUUCAUCUAGUUCAACCCCCUGCAAUGCAGGAAUCUCAGCUAAAGUGUCCAUGACUGAUGGCCAUCCAAACUCUGUUUAAAAACCUCCAAGGAAGGAGAGUCCACCACCUCUCAUGGGAGUCUGUUCCACUGCUGAACAGCUCUUACUGUCAGAAAGUUUUUCCGAAAGUUUAGUCAGAAUCUCCUUUCUUGCAACUCGAAGCCAUUGGUUUGAGUCCUACCCUCCAGAGCAGGAGAAAACAAGCAUGCUUCCUCCUCCAUGUGACAGCCCUUAAGAUAUUUGAAAAUGGCUUUCAUAUCUCCUCAGUCUCUUCUUUUCCAGGCUAAACUUACUCAGUUCCUUCAAGCGCUCCUUAUAAGGCUUAGUUUCCAGACCCUUGAUCAUCUUGGUUGCCCUCCUCUGCAUGCGUUCCAGCUUAUCAACAUCCUUCUUAAAUUGUGGUGCCCAGAAUUGGACACAGUAUUCUAGGUGUGGUCUGACUAAGGCAGAAUAGAGUGGUACUAUGACUUCCCUUGAUCUGGACACUGUACUUCUGUUGAUGCAGCCUAGAAUACCAUUGGCCUUUUUUGCUGCUGCAUCACACUGUUGCCUCAUGUUCAGCUUGUGGUCCACCAAGACCCCUAGAUCCUUUUCACAUGAACUGCUAGUAAGCCAGGUGUCCCCCAUCCUAUAUUUGUGCAUCUGUUUCUUCCUGCCUAAGUGCAGAACCUUACAUUUGUCCCUUUUGAAAUUCAUUUUGUUAGCUAGCGCCCAGUUCUCCAAUCUGUUAAGGUCAUUUUGAAUUCUGAUUCUGUCUUCUGCGGCAUUAGCUACCCCUCCCAGUUUGGUGUCAUUUGCAAGUUUGAUGAGCAUCCCCUCAAUUCCUUCAUCCAAGUCAUUUAUAAAGGUGUUAAAACAACAACGGGCCAGGACAAGAACCCUGCGGCACCCCACUUGUCACUUUUUUCCAGGAUGAUGAGGAACCAUUAAUGAGUACUAUUUGUGUAUCCUCACAACAACCUUGUAAGGUACCUACCUAGACUGAGACAUUGUGAUUGGCCUAAGGCAGUGAUGGCCAAACUUGGCCCUCCAGCUGUUUUGGGACUACAAUUCCCAUGAUCCCACUGGUCCUGUUAGCUAGGGAUGAUGGGAGUUGUAGUCCCAAAAUAGCUGGAGGGCCAAGUUUGGCCAUUACUGGCCUAAGGUCACCCAAUUACUAAGUGGCAAUUUGAAUCCAGGUCCUGCCACUUGUAGUCUUCCUCCAUCCCAUUCAGUUUUCCUCAUGUAUCAUGUCUUUUUAGGAUUUACUGAUGGUUUUCGCAAGCCACAUUGGGAGCCUUUUUGCCUAGAAAGUGGAUUUAGAAAUGCUUAAAAUAAAUAAAAAGCAGCCUGACAAUCUAACCACUAAUUGCUCCUGGAAUUGCCUCUUUUUGUUUUCCUCAGUGUCAAAUUUUAGCUAUCAAAAGAAAAACCAAUGGACCUGGGUAAUCAAAGUCUCCCCACUCCCUACCAGAAACUCGCAUUGGAGCAAUUAAGAAAGGCUAUUGAGAGGAGGCAAUUAAUAGGCUGUUCCUCACUAAUCCCCGACUAAUCAGGAAGCAAUAAAACAGGCUGAACUUGCAAACAGGAAGCAUUUAAUUAAAGGCACAGAAUCCCUGAAAAGCCUCAAUAGCACUUGACCCACAUAGGUCAGGGAGACACCACAAUGAUGAUUUAUUGCAAAAACAAUAUGCAGCACCACAAACCAUGUCUGAAAAAACAAAGGAGAGCAACAUAGAAAAAUCCUGGCAUGCAACAACUGACUGCUCCAUAAAAAGUAUGUGAGCAAAGGAUGACAAUUGCAGAGAGACAGACUACUGUCAGGGAGACAGUGCUCCUGAAGGUAGGAGUCUAUCAAUUGAUGAAGAUGAUCAUCCAAAUGUCAUAGACCAAAUGGAGCAAACAGCACGCAGACCUAGUGGUGGGAGGAAAAAAUCCUUAAAUAAGAGACACGGGGAAUGAUUAAUGGACUUCAAUGUCUGUACACUAAUGCGCAAAGCAUGGGAAAUAAACAAGAUGAGCUUGAGCUCUUGGUACAGCAAACUAAAUAUGACAUAAUAGGCAUCACUGAAACCUGGUGGGAUAAGUCCCACGAUUGGAAUGUAAUAAUGGAGGGAUACAAUCUAUUUCAGAGAAACAGACCAGACAAGAAAGGAGGAGGAGUGGCAUUAUAUGUCAGGGAUGUGUAUACCUGUGAAGAGAUCCAAGAUUUAGAACCUCAAAGCCAAAGUGAGAGCAUUUGGGUCAAAAUUAAGGGAGAGAAGAAUAACAGUGACCUCAUUGUGGGAGUUUACUAUAGAUCCCCAAGCCAAACGGAGGACAUAGAUGAUGCCUUCCUGGAACAGAUGGCCAAGCAUGCAAAAGGAAGGGAGAUAGUAGUAAUGGGGGACUUCAAUUACCUGGAUAUUUGUUGGAUGUCAAACUCAGCCAAGAGCAUAAGGUCAAACAGAUUCCUCACUGGCCUUGCAGACAACUUCAUUGUCCAGAAAGUGGGAGAAGCAACAAGAGGAACAGCCAUUUUAGAUCUGGUCCUAACCAAUGUUGAUGACCUGGUUAGUGGGGUAGAAGUGGAAGGAUCAUUAGGCGCGAGUGAUCAUGCUCUUCUGAAGUUUACUAUACAGCGGAAAGGAGCAGCCAAGCAUACUAGGACUCAAUUUCUUGACUUUAAGAAAGCCGACUUCAUAAAACUUAGGGAAGUGCUGGGUGAGAUUCCAUGGACAGUAAUACUAAAAGGAAAGGGAGUUCAUGAUGGCUGGGAGUUUGUUAAGAGGGAGAUAGUAAAAGCACAACGUCAGGCAAUACCAAUGAGACGGAAACAUGGAAGGUGCCUAAAGAAGCCAGGGUGGCUAUCUAAAGAACUUUUAACUGAGUUAAGAUUUAUAAAGGAUGUGUACAAAAAAAUGGAAAAGGGUGGAAACCACCAAAGAGGAAUUCAAACAAAUAGCCAGCACGUGUAGACACAAAGUCAGAAAAGCUAAAGCACAGAAUGAACUCAGGCUUGCUAGAGAGGUUAAAAGCAACAAAAAAGGCUUUUAUGGGUAUGUUCGUAGCAAAAGGAAGAACAAAGAAACAGUGGGGUCACUCAGAGGAGAAGAUGAUGAAAUGCAAACAGGGGACACAGAAAGGGCUGAACUCCUCAAUGCCUUCUUUGCCUCAGUCUUCUCCGAUAAAGAAAACAAUGCCCAACCUGAAGAAUUUGGAGCAAAUGAUUCAGCAGAGGAAACACAGCCCAGAAUAACUAAGGAGAUAGUACAAGAAUACUUGGCUAGUUUAGAUGUAUUCAAGUCUCCAGGGCCAGAUGAACUGCAUCCAAGAGUAUUAAAAGAACUGGCAGAUGUGAUCUCAGAACCACUGGCAGUCAUCUUUGAGAAUUCCUGGAGAACAGGUGAAGUCCCGGCAGACUGGAGGAGGGCAAAUGUUGUCCCUAUUUUCAAAAAGGGGAAAAGAGAGGACCCAAAUAAUUACCGCCCAGUCAGUCUGACAUCAAUACCAGGGAAGAUUCUGGAGCAGAUCAUUAAGCAAACAGUCUGUGAGCACCUAGAAAGGAAUGCUGUGAUCACCAAUAGUCAGCAUGGAUUUCUGAAAAAUAAGUCAUGUCAGACUAACCUGAUCUCGUUUUUGACAGAAUUACAAGCCUGGUAGAUGAAGGGAAUGCAGUGGAUGUAGCCUACCUUGAUUUCAGCAAGGCAUUUGACAAGGUGCCCCAUGAUAUUCUUGUAAAGAAGCUGGUAAAAUGCGGUCUUGACUAUGCUACCACUCAGUGGAUUUGUAACUGGCUGACUGACCGAACCCAAAGGGUGCUCAUCAAUGGUUCCUCUUCAUCCUGGAGAAGAGUGACUAGUGGGGUGCCACAGGGUUCUGUCUUGGGCCCGGUCUUAUUCAACAUCUUUAUCAACGACUUGGAUGAUGGACUCAAGGGCAUCCUGAUCAAAUUUGCAGAUGACACCAAACUGGGAGGGGUGGCUAACACCCCAGAGGACAGGAUCACACUUCAAAACGACCUUGACAGAUUAGAGAACUGGGCCAAAACAAACAAGAUGAAUUUUAACAGGGAGAAAUGUAAAGUAUUGCACUUGGGCAAAAAAAUGAGAGGCACAAAUACAAGAUGGGUGACACCUGGCUUGAGAGCAGUACAUGUGAAAAGGAUCUAGGAGUCUUGGUUGACCACAAACUUGACAUGAGCCAACAGUGUGACGCGGCAGCUAAAAAGCCAAUGCAAUUCUGGGCUGCAUCAAUAGGAGUAUAGCAUCUAGAUCAAGGGAAGUAAUAGUGCCACUGUAUUCUGCUCUGGUCAGACCUCACCUGGAGUACUGUGUCCAGUUCUGGGCAUCACAGUUCAAGAAGGACACUGACAAACUGGAACGUGUCCAGAGGAGGGCAACCAAAAUGGUCAAAGGCCUGGAAACGAUGCCUUAUGAGGAACGGCUAAGGGAGCUGGGCAUGUUUAGCCUGGAGAAGAGGAGGUUAAGGGGUGAUAGGAUAGCCAUGUUCAAAUAUAUCAAAGGAUGUCACAUAGAGGAGGGAGAAAGGUUGUUUUCUGCUGCUGCAGAGAAGCGGACACGGAGCAAUGGAUCCAAACUACAAGAAAGAAGAUUCCACCUAAACAUUAGGAAGAACUUCCUGACAGUAAGAGCUGUUCGACAGUGGAAUUUGCUGCCAAGGAGUGUGGUGGAGUCUCCUUCUUUGGAGGUCUUUAAGCAGAGGCUUGACAACCAUAUGUCAGGAGUGCUCUGAUGGUGUUUCCUGCUUGGCAGGGGGUUGGACUCGAUGGCCCUUGGGGUCUCUUCCAACUCUAUGAUUCUAUGAUUCUACUGCAGAAGCAACCACUGUAUGUACGCAUCUCCUUUUGUUGACACCAGCCCUUUGCAGGUGUGAUGAGAGAGAAGGGAUGCACUUGCUAGUCCUGCUUCCUCCAUGACAGCUGUAUGUCCAGAUUCACCACUUUCCUUGCAUUGAAGGUGCAAGAGAUUUGGGAGGCCUCUGCAUGCAGCUUAGAGCCCUGAUCCCACAUCUCCAUGAGAGCCUCUAUGAGAACAGCAAACUCCUGGUUCAGACCUUUGCUCUCAGAGCAUGCAGAGUGGCAGGUCCAGACAUAGGGAUGCAAUGGAUGCUAAGACCUCUGCACUUCCUCAGGCAAGUUCAGUGGAACCUCGGGUUAAGGACUUAAUUCGUUCUGAAGGUCCGUUCUUAACCUGAAACUGUUCUUAACCUGAAGCACCACUUUAGCUAAUGGGGCCUUCCGCUGCCGCCUCGCCGUCGGAGCACGAUUUCUGUUCUCAUCCUGAAGCAAAGUUCUUAACCCGAGGUACUAUUUCUGGGUUAGCGGAGUUUGUAACCUGAAGCGUCUGUAACCCAAGGUACCACUGUUCUGUGUGAAAACUGAAUGGCUUCCAUGCAGAAGCCAUGCUGAUUGCUCCUUAGCAAGGCUUGUUCUUCUAUAAUAUACGACCUGCAUGCUUAACAUUUUAAGCCUUCAAAAUGACUUCCCACCAAUUUACUUCUGGACCGAAACUAGUAUUGCAUAUAUUGUCCUCCAGUCCUCCCAGAAGGGUAAAAGGUAAAAAGAACAGACCUUUAAUAGUAACAUUUGUUAGUUAAAAGAUGAACAAAUUGGCAUUUGAGAUCUUCAAAAGCUCUUUUGGGGUCAUAUGGGCCAUAUAGAAGAAGUUGUUUGCUUUUUUUAACGGGGCUUCAAAACAUUUCCCAGUCCUCUGUUAACAGCUAGCAGAAGCUAGGGUUGCCCUGGCGGUGUCUUCACAACAGUGUCUUUCGCUCUUUUCCAACCAUGUGUUUAUAGGUGGCCUGGAAUUAUAGAGGCUGAUCCAGACAUUGGAGAGUACUUCCUGUUCUCUUCUCAGGCAGAUUCACUUCCUGUUAAGUAUUAUGUAUAUUUAUUUUAUAUUAUAUUGUGCUUUCAUGUUGGUGGGAUAAAUCUGACUUUAUCCCUAAAGUAAUUACUACUCAGCUCCAGGUGAAAGGUUCUUACCCACAUUAGUCCUUAUCUGAGAUGUGUUCACACGCUGUCUCUCGCAGGCAUGGCCACCCACCACCACUGACAUGCUCUCUGUUUCCAUUCCCAUUUCAGUGCAAGUACCAUGUGACCUUCUUGGGCAGCUCUGUGACCCGGGCUUGGAUCUCUGCCUCCAUGCUGAGGAACUUUGAGGAAUCUUAUGUGAAGGGAAAAGGCGUGGUAAGUGGGGCUUUUUGCUAAUGGCGGCUUGUUCACAAAAUAAGGUGUCCCUGUCUCCAUGAGGUUAUGGGUUCUAAGAGGGUCCAAUGAACAAGAGGUGCCUUUUGAAAGGGAGCAGAAUCUGGAGGAAGUUACAAACAAUAGUUGGGAAAAGUGAAUACUUCCCGACGCUUGCUCUUUUGCGGGUGGGAUCCAGACCAGUCGCAUUCGGGCAUAAGAACAUAAGAAGAGCCUUCUGGAUCAAGGCAAUAUGGCCCAUCUAGUCCAGAAUGCUGUUCUCACAGUUGUCAGUCGGAUGUACCAAUGAGAAACCCACAAGCAGGAUUCCAGCACAAGAUCCCUCUUCCCCUCCUGUGGUUUCCAGCAAUCAGAAACAUUGUGGGGGCAAAGUCCUCUGGCUUUUUUCUGGCCCAUGUAAGACCAGUCCGGAUAGUUGGCCUUGGUGAAGAUUUGACGUUUUCAUCCCCAAAAAGUUUUUGAUUUGAGUUUCUACUGAAAUGAGGCUGCAUUUUAAUGUUGUAUUUUAAUCUUGUUUUUAAGUUGUAUUUUAAUCAAUUGUUUUUAUACCUGGUGUUAGCCGCCCUGAGCCCGGUCUUGGCUGGGGAGGGUGGGGUAUAAAUAAAAUUUAUUAUUAUUAUUAUUAUUAAAGCAUAACCAUCAUGGUCAGUAACCAUCAAUAUAGCCCUCUCCUUCAUGAAUUUGUCUGAUCCUCUUUUAAAGCCAGCCAAGUGGGUGGCCAUCCCUGCCUCCUGUAGGAGCGAGUUCCAUAGUUUAAUUAUGUGCUGUGUGAAAUACUUCACUUUGCACGAUUAAAGAGGAAUGGGCACUCUUGUGCAACAAACCUGCUUCCCCCUCAAAAAAAAAAAAAAGCAGAUGUUAUGCAGUAAGGAAAAUGACAGCAAAAUGCACUGGAAAUUAUGGGGUAACAGUUGCCUGAUACGACAUUGUAUAUCCUCCCUGCAAACAAAUCAAAAUGAGUGCUCAAUAAACAGGUUGUCUGCAAGCUGCCAAAAUCUGCUAGCAAAGCUGGUGUGUGAUUUCUGCAAGCUUCUUAAUCUCAAAAUCAGAGGAGAACUUUGUCCCCGUCCCCCAUUCCCUCCAUCUGCAAUCCAGCCCUGCAAUUUGGAAAGACAGUUGCCUGAUUAGGCCCCAGCUGCACAAUGAACUUGGAUUAAUUUCAGAGCUGUCCAGCUAUCAUGACUUCCCCCAAGGCACCUUGGGAAUUGUAGCUGUAGGAGGGUCAAUUUAGGCGCAGUAGUGGCAAAUCUGUGUAUUUAAACUCAGAUUUGCUCCAGACUUGUAGAAAGAGGAGCAAAAGUGGCACGCAGAUAAGGAUUGCAGAAUUUCCCCCUCAUCUGUUGAUGUUAAGAAGCACACAGUCUCCACACACAGCCUCUCUCUCCCUCAUUUCUUAAAUCAUAGCUAUGUUCUGUAUUUUCUUUUUGAGGCCAAGCUAAAGAACAAAGGUGACAAGAGGGACUUUGAAGCUGCUGUGAAGAUGGCAAAUGAAGCAGAGCAAUUAAGCAUUCAGGUGUGACACAGGCAGGUUCCAAGGCCCCCACCCCCAUAAAUCUAGGUUGAUUUCUCUCUGGAAUAAUUGCAUCCUUUGCUUUCACGCUUUUUGCAGAGGAUGUUAUUGGCAGAUCAUUGGGGCCCAAUAUCUUCUGUGUUCUCCUGUACUACAUGAUCCAUUUAGCAAUUUUUGUAUGGAAUGAAAUGGAAAUCUUAUUGAUUUAUUUAGAAUAUCCCACUUUACAGCCAAGAAGAGCUUUCAAAGCAACUUACAAAACAUUCUUGCAAUGGAAAAUCCCAUUCUAGUAUUUUAUCGGAAACAGAAAUAACAUGAGAUUCUUAAGGAUGCAUUUCCUGCCAUCAUACUUGAUCUUCCCUGGUGUUGCCCUCUAACCUCCACCUACUAGGCAGCAGGGCCCAUUGGGAACCUUGGAGGCAAGUGAGUGACUGAGCAGCUGGAGCGCACUCAGAUUUCAGCACCGUCCUGUCUGCUGUGGGGUAGCAAAGGUUAUUGUGGGUCUUUAGAGCCACUGAUUUAAAAAAAAAAAAAGAAUUAAAAAGCUUCUCCUUUCCAGCUUUGGCCCAUCAUUGUUUUCUGUUGUGGGAUUCUUGGUACAUUGCUCCUUAAUUAGUCAUUUUAUGUUCCCUGUGACUAAUUUUGUGUGGGGGAACAACAAGGGGAGCGGACUUCCUUUCGUUAUUUCAUUUCAUUUUCUAUCAUCACUAGCAACUUGCAGCAGCUGAAUAGCAUCCUCACAAGCCCUUGUGCUAAUGCACAGCUCCCCAUUCACAUAUGUGGGUGUUGCACGGUGGUGUAUUCUGUGAAUCCUGUUUUGAAUGAGUGGAGGAAGCGCAAUACCACUGCUUGCACAAUUUUUUUGUUUUGUUUUAACUUUUAGAAUCCCCUUAUGAGCCUUUUCUUUCCUCACCUAAAAUCUGCCAUGCUAUAAAAUGUGCGGCCACACAAGGUGAACUGCUGCUGUUAAAUGAGGAAGUUGUCUAGCUCCACUGUUGGUUUUGCAUCCCUUCUCCUAGGAUAAGACCACUAUACAGCAGGGGCUGAUAGUUUUGCCCUGGGUCUGAUUUACUAAUCUGCAUGCAUGUUCUUAACCCAGUCCAACCCAGAUCCAAUAGCAAGGAAGAAAUCCGUGCACUCAAAUGCAUAGAAUCAUAGAAUUGUAUAGUUGGAAGGUACCCCAAGGGUCAUCUAGUCCAACCCCCUGCAAUGCAGGAAUCUCAACUAGAUCAUACAUGUCAGAUGGCCAUCCAACCUCUGCUUCAAAACCUCCAAGGAAGGAGAGCCCACCACCUCUCAUGGGAGUCUGUUCCACUGUUCUUCCUAAAGUUUAGUUGGACUCUCCUUUCUUGUAACUUGAAUCCAUUGGUUUGGGUCCUAGCCAUGAAUAUAUUAUGUGUGGGGAAGAAAAUCCUAGCUUAAGCCAACUGGGGCUUCUAGUUGAGCAGGGCUAGUUUAUAAUGCCAAGGCUGGGGUUUGGAGUCUGUGGCAUAAGAAGAGCGUGGUUCUGAGGCCAUGCAGAGAUAGCCUGUGCUCUGAGUUGCCAUACAUUUGGAGCUGGGGCAACUGACCUCCAGGGCAAAAGGCAUGGCAGCCGGGAGCCCCAGCCUUUCUCUCCUAUUAGAAAUUGGGUACUAACUGAAGCAUAUCAGUACUAUAACACCUACUCUUCUCUUUCACCGCACCAGGAGAGAAUAAGGAUAUUUGGAUUCUAUAGCCGAUUCAGCGGGAGAGAGUCACUUAAAAACAACAGAGACUUGAAAGGUACCUUGACAUGCAGGAUGGGGUCAGAAGUCAGAAUAUUGUCAGACGAGCUGAAAAACAGACCCCCCCACCCUGCACUCUUUGUUCCUUUUUGCAUUGUAGAUCAUGUACACGUUACCUGUAAGCCUCCUGCCAAGAGGAUCCGAGAACCAAAGGGUGGGAAGAAAAAUGUAUCAGCAUCAAACGAGAGCCAAGAAAAGGUUGGUUCAGUCUUUGCACUUUUAGAAAUGUUUGGGCUUCUCCCCGCUUUUAACAAUCUGGCUACUGCAGGCGGCCCCUUCAUAUAUUUUCCUAACAGUCCAUUGUGAGGAAGGUAGAUGUUAUUGGUCUAGUGAAGUUUUAGUAGGUCCAUCAUGUUCUCUCUGUUAACAUUAACAAAUAGUAUCUCUCUCCUAGCUUCUGCCUGAGACACCAGUGAUGAAAUCUGAUGGAGAUUUCAAAAAGAAAACCAACAUAGAAGGUGAGGUUUUGACCAGUCACCCUCCCCAGCAACCUCAACCUCAGGCCUCUCUUCUCUUUUAAGCUAUGUGCCAUAACUAUGAGUGCAAGCUAGCGUAGGCUACUGGCAGGAUCAACUUGGGGCUCUUCCAAACUGGUGUGUGGGUUUUUAUGGGGGGGGGGGGGCAGGGUGUAUUCUGCAACAUGUCAUUGAUGCAAUCAAGACUAUACAGUGGUGCCUCGCAAGACGAAAUUAAUCCGUUCCGCGAGAGUCUUCGUCUAGCGGUUUUUUCGUCUUGCGAAGCAAGCCCAUUGACGGAUUAGCGCUAUUAGCGCUAUUAGUGGUUUAGCGGCUAUUAAAGGCUUAAAGGCUUAGGGGAUUAGCUGCUAAAAGGCUAUUAAAGGCUAUUAAAGGCUUAGCAGAUUAGAUAAAGGGGGGGGAAGCGAAAAAAAAAUCUCAAGACUCGCAAGGUAUUUUCAUCUUGCGAAGCAAGCCCAUAGGGGAAUUCGUCCUGCGAAGCAACUUCAAAACGGAAAACCCUUUCGUCUAGCGGUUUUUCCGUCUUGCGAGGCAUUCGUCUUGCGGGGCACCACUGUAGUUUCCACUUUAUUAAUUGUUCUGCUGUGCUUCCCCAAUGCUACCAUGUUGUUCCCAUCUGUAGGGGCAACUUUUGUGCUACAGUAAAACAAAAACAGGGCAACAGCCACCCUGGAACAUUUGUGUUUACUAUUUAUUUAUUUAUUUAUUUAUUUAUGCAAAUAUUUAGAAACUGCACUUUUGUAUAAAGAGAGAGAGAGAGAGAGAUACAAACCACAAGGUGGUAUACAACCUGAAAAUACAACACUGCAGUAAAAACAAUUUUAAAAUGUCAGGCACAUCAGUAAAAGCUGGAUGGCAAAGAAUCUGAGGUUUGAAAGGCCCAUUUAAAUACAGCGGUACCUCGGUUUACAAACUUAGUCCAUUCCGGAAGUCCGUUCUUAAACCAAAACCGUUCUUGAACCGAGGUCCGCUUUCCCUAACGAGGCCUCUCGCCGCCGGUGCCCUUCCACCACUCAGAUUUCGUUCUUAGACCGAGGUAAAGUUCUCAAACCAAGACACUAUUUCCGGUUUUGCGGAGUUUGUAAACUAAAUGGUUCUUAAACCGGACUGUUCUUAAACCGAGGUACCACUGUAAUAUGGUUUUUAGAAGACAUCUGAAAACAAACAGGGAUGACUCCUGAUGAACCUCUACUAGCGAGGUGUUCCACUAGGCAGGGAGUUUUACAGGGCUCGGUCCCUGGUAAGGCCACCAGAACCUGAGGGGCAUGUGGGGCCUCCAAAAGUGCGCAUCAGAAGGCCUCUGUGAUUGAGACGUAGCAUAAGGAACCAGGUGGUCCUUAGGGUACUUUAGGCCCAAGCUGUUUAGGGCUUUGGCAAUUAACACAAAUACCUUGAACCCAGGAUGCGGGUGGCGCUGUGGGUAAAACCUCAGCGCCUAGGACUUGCCGAUCGCAUGGUCGGCGGUUCGAAUCCCCGUGGCGGGGUGUGCUCCCGCCGUUCGGUCCCAGCGCCUGCCAAUCUAGCAGUUCGAAAGCACCCCCGGGUGCAAGUAGAUAAAUAGGGACCGCUCACCAGCGGGAAGGUAAACGGCGUUCCGUGUGCUGCGCUGGCUCGCCAGAUGCAGCUUGUCAUGCUGGCCACGUGACCCGGAAGUGUCUGCGGACAGCGCUGGCUCCCGGCCUAUAGAGUGAGAUGAGCGCACAACCCUAGAGUCUGGUAAGACUGGCCCGAACGGGCAGGGGUACCUUUACCUUUACCUUUACCUUGAACCCAGCCCUCUGGCAAAUUGCUAACCAGUGCAGUCUGCUCAGCAGCAGAGUAGUAUGCUGUCAGUAGUCUGCUCCUGUGAGCAGUCUGGCCACCACAUUCUGCGCUAGCUGCAUCUUCUGGACCAGCCUUUCUCAGCCUUGGGUCCCUAGAUGUUGUUGUACUACAACUCCCAUCAUCCCUGACCACUGGUCCUGCUAGCUAGGGAUGGUGGGAGUUGUAGUCCAACAACAACUGGGGACCCAAGGUUGAGAAAGGCUGUUCUGGACCAUAUAGAAGGGCAGCCCCAUGUAAAACAUAUUGCAGUAAUCACGUCUUUGGGGUUAUCAGUGCAUGAACUCCUGGGGUCAGGCUUUCCUAGUCCAGUAGUGGUUGCAGCCGGCAUACCAACAGAAACUGGUGGAAGGCACUCCUAGCCACAGAGGUCACUUGGGCCUCUAAUCACAAAGAUGGAUUCAGGAAUACCUCCAAGCUGCGAACCAAAUCCUUUGGGGGGAAUCUUACCCUGUCUAGAACAGGCAGUUGACCUUUACCCUGGACACAGGAGCCAUCCACCCACAAGGCCCCUGUAUUUCUAAGUGUCAAGGUCAGCUUGUUGGCCCACAUCCAGUCCACCACUGCAUCCAGGCACUGGUCCAGGGCUUGCACAGCGUCUCCUGACUCAGAUGUAAUGGAGAAAUAGAGCUCAGUGUCAUCAGUAUACAGAUGACACCUUGCACCACGCGUCCUAAUGACUACUCCCCGUGGCUUCAAAUAGAUGUUGUGUAGCAUUGGGGGGUAAGAGGUGCCCUUUGGCACUUCACAGGGUAAGCACCAGGGCCCCCAAAGAGCAUUCUCUCUACUUGGGGCAGGAUCCUGCAGGGUAGGAAGAGAGGCACUGUGGCACAGUGCCACCAGUUCCCAUCCCGCAGAGUCAGCCCAGAAGGAUACCGUGGUCAAUGGUAUCAAAAAUUGCUGAGAGAUUGAGCAGGGCUGCACUCGCCCUGUUCUUUUCUCUAUAAAGGUCAUCCAUCAGGGCAACCAAGGCUGAUUCGGUCCUGAAUCCAGGUCUGAGCCCAGACUGGGAUGGAUCUAGUUGGUCAGUCUCAUCCAGGAAUGUUUGCAGUUGUUUCGCCACAACCCUCUCUAUCGCCUUCCCUAAAAUGGGGAUAUUUGUGACCAACUGAUAGUUGUUAAUUGGGUCCAUAACCAGCUUCUUUAGUAGUGGCAGCACUGUCACCCCCUUUAAAGGGCCAGGCACCUCUCCCUCACACAGUGAAACAUUCACUACAUCUUGGACCCACCCGAUCAAGACCCCACAGCUUGUUUUCACCUGCCUUGAAAAGCAGAGAUCCAUAGGGCAUGUAGUUGGGCAUAUACCUGCCGGAACCUUGAAGUGUUAUGAAAAGUUAUAGGAUUUUAGCAGGAAGGUAUGGGGCAUACACCACUUGCAAACAAAGCAGUGUGACCUCCUUCAAACUUCUUGCAGGCACAAGCAGCACUGAAAGUCUGCUGGUUUGUAACCACCCCACAACAUCAUGAGCAUGAUGCAUACUCAAUAAAAAGGAUAUCUGGAGGGGCUCCAGGUUAACAUUAAAUCCAUCAAAAAGAAGAAGGAAAGUAGCAUAUACAGUGGUACCUUGGGUUACAUACGCUUCAGGUUACAGACUCCGCUAACCCAGAAAUAGUGCUUCAGGUUAAGAACUCUGCUUCAGGAUGAGAACAGAAAUCGUGCUCCGGCGGCGCGGCAGCAGCAGAAGGCCCCGUUAGCUAAAGUGGUGCUUCAGGUUAAGAACAGUUUCAGGUUAAGUACGGACCUCUGGAACGAAUUAAGUACUUAACCUGAGGUACCACUGUAUACAACUUGUUCACACAGGGGCAAAACAAAUCAAGUCAUCAACUGAAGGUACCCCACUUUCAUCAAAGAGGAGCAGGAAAGAGAUGGCAGUCCCCAAAGCUGCUGCUGUUCCAAAAGGAUCUGUCCAAACGAAGGCACGGGAUGCUCAAAAAGGUAAGAGAGCGCUCCUUGUUCUGUAUGUGAGAAACCUAUAAUGUUUGCUUCUAUGUCAGCCCAGAAGCACAACUGGGAAUGAAAUCCCAAGUUGUGAAGCCUUUUUGUUAUAGUUCAAUAGUUGUCUGACAUUCUAUUUAGCACCCAGCAAAGGAAGGCGGUAGAAGGGACUGUUUUGCUCUGGCAAGACGGGUUGUUCUGCGCCCUUAGAUACGGGAGAGGAUAUUGUUCUCCUCAUGCAGGAUAACUCUCUGGGGAGAUCUUCACUGGCUUUUGUGUUCCUCUCAAGGUUCUAAGAGCUCGUUCGCUGCUCCAUGGUCUAAGAGUGCCACAGCUGAGCAGCUCAGCUCUUGCAGAUACGGCAGCAGCCCUCCCUUAAUGCCCUCCAGUUAUCCAAGCAAGAAAGACAGUAUGAGCAAGGCUGAUGUCUCCCCAGUGACAGAAAGUGAACUGAUGUUGAACAGGGGUGUUGUGGGUCUUGAGGAGUCGAGUGAAGCCGUGGCCCAGGAGAAAGAAGAAGAUGAAACCUUCAGCAGCCAGGAGAUGGCUGUCUUUGCUGAGGAGAAGAAUUACUCUUCUGAUGAAUUUUCAUUGGUCUUGUUUGAGGAGUAGCCUUUCAGAAAGGGGUGUGUCCUGACCUCAAGUGUAAAGGGUGGAUAACUUCUUCAUCUAUAUAAGCCUUCCCCACCCAGCCUGGUGUCUUCUAGGUGUUGUGGACUACAACAUAGUCGUGCGUUUGAGAGCACUGAUGGAAAGUAGACAUACUAAGCAUAGCAGAGGAUGUGAGGAAAAGGUUCUUGCAGCUUUGAUUCUUGAGUUUAAUCCACCUAGGAAGUUUGUGACAGCUUGUUUUUAAACAGGGCUGUGAAAAUCCCCCUUUCCCGUUCCUUGGUUAAACAGGCAACUGGAAUCACAGCUAUAAACAAGGCAAGGAAAGUAAAUUCACCCUUUAAUAAAUCUGAUUGACUUGUUUAGAACUUAGUGCAAAAGAGAAACCAGGUGAAAUGGCAAUCGAAAUUUAGGAGUUGUUUUCCACCCAUUUGGAAGGUUACAAAAAAUCUUGUCUGUGUUUAAAGAUGUACAACAUUUCCCCCGGUUGUUUAUAAUUACAAUUCAGCAAAGCUCUAUUAAAAUCUGGUUUUGGAUCU